AUCAAGUGUGUGUCUGCCACCCUUUUAACCUCACGUGAUCUGAUCUAAAAUUUCAAUAACAUUAUGUGUUCUCUAAAAAUUAUUAAAAAUAAAAGAAAAUAGUAAUUUCAUUUAUGUUAUACAAAUUGAAGCAAUGGAUAAAUUGAAUAUGUACUAUUUAAUCGUAUAUUAUGUAGGAAUUUUUUAUAUUUUUCGUAUAAAGUUUUCGUAUGUAUUAACAAUUUUUUAGUCAAAUAAUAAAUGAUACAAUUAUUAAAUAUCGAGCACGUUGCCACACGUGAUUGCCUAUUAAGCAAUUAUUCCACAGAUAUAUAUACAGAUAUACAUAUAUUUGUUCCGUAUUUGAAUUGCCCAUGAUGAAAUAUAUUUUGCGAGAUAACGAUAAUCGAUUGUACAAGAAACAUACAGAAAUUUCUUAACAUUCAUUCGAAUCGCGCCUUUUCGUUCAUAUUAAGUACUUACUAGCAGCAUACGGAAAAUUGAUGAACUUGGUUAAAGACGAAAUAUUUGCGGACAUCACAGAUACAGUGAGGUUAAACAUUUAAUUAUUUUAAGACACAAUAAAUUAAACUAAAAUGGCAAAAGUAAUUGCACGAAUGACAAAAUACACGGCCAGGACAUUUCCAUCUGUUUCAAGAGAAAAUUUAUUCACAUUAACCCUCUACAAAGUUUCGUUUAAUGUUUCACGUUCCAUCGCUACUACUCGAUGUUUGAGAGCGGAUAGACUGUUCACAAAAAGACACGAAUGGAUAAUAAUUGAUGGUAAAAUAGGUACAGUUGGAAUAUCCAAUUAUGCACAGGAAUCUUUAGGUGGUGUUUAUGCUCAACUUCCAGAUGCUGAAAAUGAAAUAGAAAAAGAAGCUGAGUGUGGGGCAUUAGAGUCAGUAAAAGCUGCUUCUGAAUUAUAUAGUCCUGUCAGUGGAAAAGUACUAGAAAAAAAUGAAGCAGUUGAAAAACACCCCAGUUUAAUUAACAGUUCUUGUUGAAAAGGAUGGUUGUUUAAAAUAGAGUUAAAAAACCCAGAUGAAAUUAAGGAUCUUAUGAAUGAAGAAUCAUAUAAUUUAUAUUUGAAAUCUGAUCCACAUUAAAUAUAUUAUGUCAGUGCCAUGUGUGAAGUUAGUAUUGAGUUGCAAUUUAAUUUUUAUUGUUCCUAGUAAUUUAUCAUAAAUUAAAAAAAUGUGUAAAUAUUUUCAUCUCUUGUAAAUCAUUACCAUUUUUUAUGUCACAUGCUACUAUGUCGACUACGAUUGGCAUUGCAUCGCAGCACUAUUAGCGGUGGGAAUUGAAAUGAAAAAUACAUUUUACUUUAAAAUAU